AUGGAAAGCAACAGCGUGAAGGUCAUUGUAAGGCUCAGACCGCCUCUUCCACGUGAAGAGGACCAGGAUGAAUGCUUGGUUGAGAUGCCGCCUUCCGAAAAAGGCUCCACAUUGUUGAAAACUCACGACUCCUCCAAAAAGUACAUCUUCGACGAAUGUGUGUAUUCGUACAGCACAGCUCAGGAAAAUUACAUGGAUAAUGCCGAUUUCUACCGCUCUUCUGGACCACAGCUAAUAGAGCAUUUCUUCCAGGGCUACAAUGUUUGCCUUUUGGCAUACGGUCAAACUGGAUCUGGUAAAACAUACACCAUGAUGGGACAAGAUCUGAGCCCGGGAUUGAUCCCGUUGAUGGUCAGAGAUAUCCUCAGACACAAGGACGAUCUUGUGAAAAGCAGAAUCAACUGUGAGCUUUGUCUCUCGUAUGUGGAGAUCUACAACGAGAAAGUGAAGGAUCUUCUUAAUGAGUCGAAGCAGUGCAGAGUCAGAGAACACCCUACAAUGGGGUCCUACGUGGAGGGACUUGCCGAAGUGACAAUUGGACUGUACGAGGAAUUCAGAACUCUUUUAGAGAAGGGCAAUGGCCACAGGACCGUGGCAUCCACUCAGAUGAACGUAUCCAGUUCGAGAUCUCAUGCAGUAAUUACACUUUCCCUAAAGCAAACAAAGUACACUGCUGGCGAUGAAAUGGACGUCGGUGAGCCUGACGAGGAGGUGCUUUCCAGCAUUCGUUUGGUCGAUUUGGCCGGAUCUGAGCGUCUACACAAGACAGGCCUGUUCGGUCAAGCUGACAGGAUGAAAGAGGGCACCCAAAUCAACAAAUCACUCACAGUUUUGGGGCGUUGUAUUAACAUACUUGCUCUGGCGAAUCCAGGCAAACCGCCCGUCGUUCCUUACAGAGACUCGAUCUUGACCUACUUGUUGCGUGAGAACCUCGCUGGAAACUCCAAAACAGCCAUGAUUUUCUGCGUCUCGCCGUUCGACUACGAAGAGACCCAGCAGACGCUCAACUACGCUAACCAAGUGAAGAAUAUCAAAACCAAGGCAAAGGCCAAUACCUCUACUAUUGCCUCGGCACCCAUCGAAUGGGAGAAGUUCAAGGAGAUGGAUAAGCUGGUUGUGGAGACGCUCAAGGAUAGAAUUAAAGACUUAACUGCCCAACUUGAGGCCAAGAGUGACACCCCAGUGGAAACUGUCUCGCUUAUACGUUAUCUUGAAAGAGAAGCUCAGAAGCAGAACUUCGAGGUCAAGUACCUCAAGCUGAUGCUUCGGCUGCAAAAAAAGCAAGUCCAAGAGCUUAAGGCUCAGAAUACGUAUCUCCACAAAGAGCUUCUUGAGAAGAACCAGGUGGAAUUUCAAAAGAGCAGAAGAACGCUCAAAGAAUUGGCGGACCCAUUGGUGAAGAAUUGUGCACAGGAGGUUUCCAGCAUAAAAGAGGUUCUUGAGCAGUUCGACCCAGCCAAGGUACUCUAA